AUGAAGUGCGUUUUCUUGAUACUCGGCGUUCUCGUGGUGGCGACAUAUGGACGAUAUGUCCAUGAGUCACCCACCCAAGAAGUUUUACAGUCCAAGGAUGGCCACUGGAAGGAAACGAUUUCUAAGGAUGGAAAAGAAGUAGACAUAGAAGAAGUCAUAACGGACAACGGACAACUACACUCGAAACACCAAAGGAUCUCAUGUAACCAAAGAGAACCACAAUAUAUAAAUGGAGAAUCGUCAGAAAUAUAUGACGAACAGCAACAAUCAGAAGCCGAAAGCAUACAAUCUACAGAACAGGGGCAGUCGCAAUCAAGUGAACAAAGCUCCAUAUCAUCACAACAGGGAUCCUCAGUAGCCGUCAGCCAAUCCUCGCAGGGACAAGCACAGGCUAGUGAACAGAGCUCCCAAUCCGCACAACAGCAACAGCAGCAGCAACAACAACAACAAUCAGCUGCUCAGAGUAGCCAGGCAUCUCAACAGGCAGCAUCUCAGCAACAACAACAGCAACAACAAUCGGCAGCACAGAGUAGCCAGGCAUCUCAACAGGCACAAGCUCAGGCAAGUGAACAGAGCUCCGUGUCAGCACAAAAGGGAUCUUCAGUAGCCGUCAGCCAAUCCUCGCAGGGACAAGCACAGGCUAGUGAACAGAGCUCCCAAUCCGCACAACAGCAACAGCAGCAGCAGCAACAACAACAACAAUCAGCUGCUCAGAGUAGCCAGGCAUCUCAACAGGCAGCAUCUCAGCAACAACAACAGCAACAACAAUCGGCAGCACAGAGUAGCCAGGCAUCUCAACAGGCACAAGCUCAGGCAAGUGAACAGAGCUCCGUGUCAGCACAAAAGGGAUCCUCAGUAGCCGUCAGCCAAUCCUCACAGGGACAAGCACAGCAGCAGCAACAACAACAACAAUCAGCUGCUCAGAGUAGCCAGGCAUCUCAACAGGCAGCAUCUCAGGCUAGCGCACAAAGCUCCCAAUCCGCACAACAGCAACAGCAGCAGCAGCAGCAGCAACAACAACAAUCAGCUGCUCAGAGUAGCCAGGCAUCUCAACAGGCAGCAUCUCAGGCUAGCGCACAAAGCUCCCAAUCCGCACAACAGCAACAGCAGCAGCAGCAGCAGCAACAACAACAAUCAGCUGCUCAGAGUAGCCAGACAUCUCAACAGGCAGCAUCUCAGGCUAGCGCACAAAGCUCCCAAUCCGCACAACAGCAACAGCAGCAGCAGCAGCAGCAACAACAACAAUCAGCUGCACAGAGUAGCCAGGCAUCUCAACAGGCAGCAUCUCAGCAACAACAACAGCAACAACAAUCGGCAGCACAGAGUAGCCAGGCAUCUCAACAGGCACAAGCUCAGGCAAGUGAACAGAGCUCCGUGUCAGCACAAAAGGGAUCUUCAGUAGCCGUCAGCCAAUCCUCGCAGGGACAAGCACAGGCUAGUGAACAGAGCUCCCAAUCCGCACAACAGCAACAGCAGCAGCAGCAACAACAACAACAAUCAGCUGCUCAGAGUAGCCAGGCAUCUCAACAGGCAGCAUCUCAGGCUAGCGCACAAAGCUCCCAAUCCGCACAACAGCAACAGCAGCAGCAGCAGCAGCAACAACAACAAUCAGCUGCUCAGAGUAGCCAGACAUCUCAACAGGCAGCAUCUCAGGCUAGCGCACAAAGCUCCCAAUCCGCACAACAGCAACAGCAGCAGCAGCAGCAGCAACAACAACAAUCAGCUGCACAGAGUAGCCAGGCAUCUCAACAGGCAGCAUCUCAGGCUAGCGCACAAAGCUCCCAAUCCGCACAACAGCAACAGCAGCAGCAGCAGCAGCAACAACAACAAUCAGCUGCUCAGAGUAGCCAGACAUCUCAACAGGCAGCAUCUCAGGCUAGCGCACAAAGCUCCCAAUCCGCACAACAGCAACAGCAGCAGCAGCAGCAGCAACAACAACAAUCAGCUGCACAGAGUAGCCAGGCAUCUCAACAGGCAACAUCUCAGCAACAACAACAGCAACAACAAUCGGCAGCACAGAGUAGCCAGGCAUCUCAACAGGCACAAGCUCAGGCAAGUGAACAGAGCUCCGUGUCAGCACAAAAGGGAUCUUCAGUAGCCGUCAGCCAAUCCUCGCAGGGACAAGCACAGGCUAGUGAACAGAGCUCCCAAUCCGCACAACAGCAACAGCAGCAGCAGCAACAACAACAACAAUCAGCUGCUCAGAGUAGCCAGGCAUCUCAACAGGCAGCAUCUCAGCAACAACAACAGCAACAACAAUCGGCAGCACAGAGUAGCCAGGCAUCUCAACAGGCACAAGCUCAGGCAAGUGAACAGAGCUCCGUGUCAGCACAAAAGGGAUCCUCAGUAGCCGUCAGCCAAUCCUCACAGGGACAAGCACAGCAACAACAACAGCAACAACAAUCAGCUGCACAGAGUAGCCAGGCAUCUCAACAGGCACAAGCUCAGGCAAGUGAACAGAGCUCCGUGUCAGCACAAAAGGGAUCCUCAGUAGCCGUCAGCCAAUCCUCACAGGGACAAGCACAGCAGCAGCAACAACAACAACAAUCAGCUGCUCAGAGUAGCCAGGCAUCUCAACAGGCAGCAUCUCAGGCUAGCGCACAAAGCUCCCAAUCCGCACAACAGCAACAGCAGCAGCAGCAGCAGCAACAACAACAAUCAGCUGCUCAGAGUAGCCAGGCAUCUCAACAGGCAGCAUCUCAGCAACAACAACAGCAACAACAAUCGGCAGCACAGAGUAGCCAGGAAUCUCAACAGGCACAAGCUCAGGCAAGUGAACAGAGCUCCGUGUCAGCACAAAAGGGAUCUUCAGUAGCCGUCAGCCAAUCCUCGCAGGGACAAGCACAGGCUAGUGAACAGAGCUCCCAAUCCGCACAACAGCAACAGCAGCAGCAGCAACAACAACAACAAUCAGCUGCUCAGAGUAGCCAGGCAUCUCAACAGGCAGCAUCUCAGCAACAACAACAGCAACAACAAUCGGCAGCACAGAGUAGCCAGGCAUCUCAACAGGCACAAGCUCAGGCAAGUGAACAGAGCUCCGUGUCAGCACAAAAGGGAUCCUCAGUAGCCGUCAGCCAAUCCUCACAGGGACAAGCACAGGCUAGUGAACAGAGCUCCCAAUCCGCACAACAGCAACAGCAGCAGCAGCAGCAGCAACAACAACAAUCAGCUGCACAGAGUAGCCAGGCAUCUCAACAGGCAGCAUCUCAGGCUAGCGCCCAAAGCUCCCAAUCCGCACAACAGCAACAGCAGCAGCAGCAGCAGCAACAACAACAAUCAGCUGCUCAGAGUAGCCAGGCAUCUCAACAGGCAGCAUCUCAGGCUAGCGCACGAAGCUCCCAAUCCGCACAACAGCAACAGCAGCAGCAGCAGCAGCAACAACAACAAUCAGCUGCACAGAGUAGCCAGGCAUCUCAACAGGCAGCAUCUCAGCAAGAACAACAGCAACAACAAUCGGCAGCACAGAGUAGCCAGGCAUCUCAACAGGCACAAGCUCAGGCAAGUGAACAGAGCUCCGUGUCAGCACAAAAGGGAUCUUCAGUAGCCGUCAGCCAAUCCUCGCAGGGACAAGCACAGGCUAGUGAACAGAGCUCCCAAUCCGCACAACAGCAGCAGCAGCAGCAGCAACAACAACAAUCAGCUGCUCAGAGUAGCCAGGCAUCACAACAGGCAGCAUCUCAGGCUAGCGCACGAAGCUCCCAAUCCGCACAACAGCAACAGCAGCAGCAGCAGCAGCAACAACAACAAUCAGCUGCACAGAGUAGCCAGGCAUCUCAACAGGCAGCAUCUCAGCAACAACAACAGCAACAACAAUCGGCAGCACAGAGUAGCCAGGCAUCUCAACAGGCACAAGCUCAGGCAAGUGAACAGAGCUCCGUGUCAGCACAAAAGGGAUCUUCAGUAGGCGUCAGCCAAUCCUCGCAGGGACAAGCACAGCAGCAGCAACAACAACAACAAUCAGCUGCUCAGAGUAGCCAGGCAUCUCAACAGGCAGCAUCUCAGGCUAGCGCACAAAGCUCCCAAUCCGCACAACAGCAACAGCAGCAGCAGCAACAACAACAGCAACAACAAUCGGCAGCACAGAGUAGCCAGGCAUCCCAACAGGCACAAGCUCAGCAACAACAACAGCAACAACAAUCGGCAGCACAGAGUAGCCAGGCAUCCCAACAGGCACAAGCUCAGGCAAGUGAACAGAGCUCCGUAUCAGCACAAAAGGGAUCCUCAGUAGCCGUCAGCCAAUCCUCACAGGGACAAGCACAGGCUAGUGAACAGAGCUCCCAAUCCGCACAACAGCAACAGCAGCAGCAGCAACAACAACAAAAAUCAGCUGCUCAGAGUAGCCAGGCAUCUCAACAGGCAGCAUCUCAGGCUAGCGCACAGAGCUCCCAAUCCGCACAACAGCAACAGCAGCAGCAACAACAACAACAACAACAAUCAGCUGCACAGAGUAGCCAGGCAUCUCAACAGGCACAAGCUCAGGCAAGUGAACAGAGCUCCGUGUCAGCACAAAAGGGAUCUUCAGUAGCCGUCAGCCAAUCCUCGCAGGGACAAGCACAGGCUAGUGAACAGAGCUCCCAAUCCGCACAACAGCAACAGCAGCAACACAACAACAACAACAACAACAAUCAGCUGCACAGAGUAGCCAGGCAUCUCAACAGGCACAAGCUCAGGCAAGUGAACAGAGCUCCGUAUCAGCACAAAAGGGAUCUUCAGUAG